AUGAGUACCUAUCAGCACAGCGGGAAAAGUGCACUGGGUUUGUCCUCCAAAUUCCGAUUGUAUUUAAUUGGCAAAUCAAAUUUCGAACUCUAAAUUAAACAUUUUUCAAUUUAAUUAAAUUUCAUUUAAAUUGACAACUCUUCUUAAUGCAUGAGGAAAUCAUUUGCUAUUCAUAUGCUAGUUUAUAAUGGCAUUGGGUUAAAGCAGUGAAUGUGUCAGAGCAACUUUCUUGAGGCCCCAAACUGGAACCCCAUGAGGAAGCGUCAUCCUUUCCAAGUUCGGAAACCGACAAGACGCUUUCGGAUAAUAAAUGUAGCGUUCAAGAUGAGAUGACCGAACAACCAAUAACUCAGUUUAGUAAUUCAUCUACACUUACAGAUAUUUGUUGUAGAGCAGAUAAUGCUGAAGUUGAGUUAGUUAGCUUACUAGAAGAACACAUUCCACAUUAUAAACUUAGAGCAGACACUUUAACAGAAUUUUGUGGCUACGAAAACGAAGAUUGGUACAUUCAAACUCCAGUUUUAAGUCCUGAUACUGAUAUUCCUCUAAGUCCAGAAGUUGUUGAAGAAACUCUUAAAUACUUUGUUUUAUGUGCUGAUCGCCUCAGCCAGAUGACAAAGACAUACAAUGACAUAGAUGCCGUAACUCGAUUAUUGGAAGAAAAAGAACGUGAUUUAGAACUUGCUGCUCGAAUCGGACAAUCCUUAUUGGAUCAGAAUAAAGAUUUGCGUAGUAGGAAUGAUUUACUUGAACAAGAAUUAAGUACCUCAAGUGAAACAAUUAUUCAGUUGAAGCAUGAUUUAUCAGUGAAAAAUGGCUUACUGCAAAUCUAUACCCAAGACCUGGAUACUGACUCAGAAAGUGGUUCACCAAGCAGUAGAGAGAGAGGUUUUUCCGUCAGCUGGGAUACUCUCAACAAAAAAAUUAGCUGCCUGCAAGAGGAAAACAACCUGCUUCGAGCUGAAGCUGUAUCACGUACAACAGAUAUUGAAGAAGAAGAGAAGAAAGAAAUGCAGCUUAUAUCUGAUUGCGUAAGGCAGCUAACUGAAGCAAACAAGCAAUUAACUAUUCUUCAAGAAGAAGUGGGUAGGAAGAGUGAAGACAGCAUUAGACAACAGGAGGAAAUUACUCAACUGCUGUCUCAAAUUGUUGAUCUACAACGAAAACUUAGAGAUGUAACUGCUGAUAAUGAGUGUUUAACCAGUAAAUUAGAAAUUGCUGAGGAAUGUCAACAUGAACUGUCAGAAGAGCUUAUUGAUAUGAAAGAGAAAUAUGGAGAGCUUAUGGCUGCUUUUCAAGAGCUCCAGGCUGAGGCUAAACAAGCCCAAAGGAAUAAACUACCAAGUGCAAAUACUUGGCAGAAUUUUGGUAUGUUUAGCCCAUAUAUCAAUCCUGAUUCUCUUGCAAGUGAACUUGAACAAUCCUUGGGAGGAAGAGACAGUGAUGGUUAUUCAUCUGAUGAACGACCAUCUCACAGUCGAAAAGUGUUCAAUACAGUUCGGUAUGCUAAUCAUGGUGUACCAGCACGUAAUCGCUUCAGCUCUUCCCGCUCACAUUAUACCAUGAGUGGUACAGGGGGUCGUCCAAGUUUAACAUCCACUUGUUUCUCAUCUCUCAGUCAAUUAUCAUCAUUAUCAUCAGGAUUUAAUGACCUUGCUUCAGAUACUGAAUCAGCAUAUGCAGAAAGUUACAGUACAGAUGAUGAAAAUCCAGAUACUUUUGUUGAUGGCAAAACUGAGAGAAUGCGGCCAAACAAGUUGGAUGUAGGAUUACAUAGUUUUAGCAGUGGCUUUGGUACUGCCACUGAUUUAAACACUGAACUUGGUAAAGCAGCUGGGGACUCUUGGACAAGAAAAUCUUUAUAUGGGCGCACAAUCCGACGAUACCAGUUCCCUGAAAAACUUCAAAUUAUUAAGCCAUUGGAAGGUUCUCAGACACUACAUCAUUGGCAAAGAUUAGCAACUCCUCAUUUGGGUGGCAUUUUUGAAUCCAGACCAGGAGUUAAAAUUAGAGGUGAAACUAAAUUGCAAGAUUUUGAUGAGAAAGUUAGUCUUGGAGAUUUUGAAGAAGAUGAUGAUUUUUCUAAUCCUGGAAAAAGCUUUAUGGAUACAUCAUCAAUUUAUACUUUCACUACAUCUGCUUUAAAAACAAGCGAAAUGACGAAUGUUACUCCAAGUUAUCCUCACGUGCAGUUGUCGACAAGAAUAACAUCCAUACCCCCAUCUACACUCAACAGUCCCCAACAGAAAGGAUCUGGCUACUCACUGACAGGUCAAAGCCUUGCUAAACUUUUGACUGAGCGUGGGAUACAUGCCAUGGUACCAUCUGCUAUAAGUUCAUCGGUCAAGUCAGUCUCCCCCACACCCACCCCAGCUCCUUCACCUGAAGGCUCUCCACCAUCAUCGCCUCUGCCAUUUACAGCAGUUAGGAUUCCAGAUUUAGUUGGUAGUGCAUCCAUUGCUAAGGGAUAUCACUUGUUCCGUAAGCCUCGCAGAUCACGUUCACAGCCUCCCCCUAAAAGAAGUACCAGAGAAGCAUCUGCCGGCCUUAAUUUAGAUCUAAUGGAAAGCAUUCAAGGUAUUGGACUAAAAACAUUGAUACCAACAACUGAAUGUUCCCUCAAUAAACGUACUGUAAGUACCGAAACUUUAACAUCAGACAGUUCAACUGUUACCAUUUCCUCCAGACUUGAAGCAGCCACAAAAAGGCAAGAUUCUUCCAAGACUGUAUCAUUUCCAACUUCCAUUUCUGGGCAGGAGGAAGUUUCCAGAAAGACUGUAAGCCCAGAAACAUUGCUCGAUAAACCAUGGGGUUACGUCCCGCCAUCUGUUUCAAUUGUCAAAAGUCCCGCUGCAAUUGGUCUUACACCCACUGUUGCCCCGCCUUUGUCUCGAAUGCCUAACCCGGUGUUACAAUUGAACAGUCUUCGAAGUAUAAGACCAAACUGUGCCGAUGUGGGUACAGUUGGGACAUUACGAACACUAAGGAAGGGAGGUUACAUUUAGAUUCAACACAUGGCAUUUGAGAAUAAAUAAAAUAUACAAAUUUAUAUAUCUAUAUAUAUAAAGAAUAAGAUAAAUAUUUAUCUAAUUCUACCAAAUUUUGGACAAUUGGGUGCAUAGUGGUUUCUCCACUGCAAAAGGCAGCAUGUUUCUUAGGUCAGACUGAUUGCUUUUAUUGUAUUAUAGGAAGAUUGUAAAGUAAGAAGUGUGUCUUAUGAAUUGUUACAAAGAGUAUCUGAAAUGUUUAAUUGUAAGAUAAAUAAUAUUUGAUGAUACAUAAAAAAAACUGGUCAUAGAUUAUAGUUCCUGCUUAGGAUGUUAUUUAUUAUUUUGUGAUUUUGAACGAUAGGUUGAGUGAAGUUUGCUGAAGAAACUUGUCAAAAAUGGUUGUAAAUAGGAUUAGUAGUAGAAUAAAGUUUCUCAAAUUUUCAUGUGCUGCUAUAGGAUAUAUUUAUUAACCUUAAACACCUGAACUAGUUUAACUGAAUAACUUGAAAAUAUUUUAAAACUGAAAAUGGUUUGUGGUUUUUUGAGUGUGAGCAUUCCAUUUUAUAAUAAUUAAGUAUUUGUUAAGUUGUAUUUACAAACAUUUGAUGAGCACUUACUUUUGGAUUGAAGUAUUCAAACAUGGAACAUAUAUAUAUAUUAGUUUGCUUCUUUUAAAAUGUAUUUUAUUUUUAAAUAUCUAUUCCUCUAAUAUUUGAUACACAUCAAAAAUUUAGUUUUAUGUAUAAAAGCAUUUUAAUUCUUAACAUACUAAAUUUUAAAACUAUUUAAGCAUGAUUCAUUUGCUUUAUCAAGAUAUUAAUUAUAUAAUAAUUAAUUCUGGAAUGAAGUUAAUACCUCUAACACAUCUCUCCUUCACUAAAAAAUAUUUUGAACCAUACUAUUUUAUUUAUUUAUUUAACUUUUCCUGUAACAGAAUGGCAUAUAACUAAAAAUAAAAUUAUCAAUUGUAGUUUUGCUUAAAUUUAAAAAGUUAUCCUCAAAGAAAAGUUUUAUAUGGCUAAUUUGAAACUUGAUUGGGUUUUUUCCCAUUUAUUGACGAUAUCAUUCAUUGAAUUGAUACAAGUUCUUUUAAUUAAAAUAGAAUUUUGUUACCUAAUAAAAUUCUUUUUUAAAGUAUUUAAUUUUGGUGCUGAUGUGUUUCUUUACAGCUUUGCAUGGAACUGUGAUAUUAUGUUUUUAUUAAGACUUUUCAUUAGUUAUGUUUUUGUCUUGCACUUAUGCUUAAGCAGUAGUUUGUGUAGAAAUAUAAUCACCAAAAUUUGACUAUAGAUCAUUGUAAUGUUUUGUCAAAAUAUUCUAAUAUUUUAAAAAUUGAAACUAGUGAUCAAUUUCAAUAUAAUUUAUAAAAUGAAAUUUACUUUUAAUCCUGUAUAACAAUUUUACUUUAUGUUUAAAAAUCUGAAAUGGCAAAUAUGAAAUCUAAAAAUUUUGGUUUAGUUUUAAUGCAUCUGUUAAAGUAUUUUCAUGUAGUAGGCAUUCCUGCAAGCAUAGUUUGGACCAAAAUGCUACUUCAUAUUAUUUUUGCAGUAGUAUGUUUUGUUCAGUGUUGGUAGUUCUAAGAAAAUUCAAAUAUUUCUUUUAUUGUCAGAAAUAGCUUCAAAAUAUAUUUAACUUGAUUUAGUGUGUUUACAAAUAUAUAGAGAUUUUACAGCAUUUGCUUUUAGAAUGUACUUAAAAUAAUACUCAGCUUCUUUUAAGUAUGUUGCUUUAAAUUAAUGUAUAACGAAUUUUAGUCUAAAUAUUAAGGUACAAAUGAGAUCCUAGCUCUUCAUUACUGACUAGUCUUUUGAUGUUACUUAAUAUACAGGCUAUUAAAGCAAGUUUAGGUAUAUUUUGAAGUCUUAUUUUAUUCUGUGAUUUUGCAGUCUGAAUUGUUGACAAAGACUGAUUUUAAAUAUUCAAAUUUUCCUAUUUUUAAUGUAGUAAAUAUAAUUGAAGCAUACUUUUGCAGUAUUUAAACUCCAAUAUUACUUUUCAGAUUGAAAGAAAAAUCCUAAAAUAAAUUUUUAUUAUGUAUGUAUUAGAAAGAGAAUUAAGUUUAGAUUUGUAUAUGAAAUCAUAAAAACCGAUAAAUAAAAUUAAGAUAUUUUCGAACUGCCAAGUGCAAUAUUUACUUUUACCACUGUUUUCUUAUGCACAUUCAGUCAUGAAUUGUAUAAUUCCAUUUACAAUGAACUUCCUAAAUUUGCAGUUUAUGUGGACCAAAGCAAUGUGUUUUCUAAAUUAACUAUUAUAGUAUACAUGUAUUAUCACAAUUUAACUUGCACUGAAAUAUUUACUUUAAGUUUUACAAUCUUAAACUUUUAUUCUAAAAAAGAAAUAUUAAAUACAAAACAUUUUUCUUCUCUUAUGCUUUUACAGUGCCAAAUGAAUAUUUAAAUGCUGACUACAACUUUUAAUUAAACCAAAUUGCUCACUUUGCACGGGUUUCAUUUUUUUACAGUUCUUUAAAAAUGCCACAUUAAUGAUCUGAAAUGUAAUUUAUUUCAGAUUUUUCAUGAGAUUUUAUAAAAUAAUACACAUCAGAUAUUGUAUGAUCAAAAUGUCUUUUCAUUUUGUAGCUGUGUGAAACUAAAAAUUGUAUAGAUUUUAGGUGCUGUAUUUCUGAAUUAUUAUUUAUAGUUUUUUUUUUUUUUUUUUUUUGUAGAUAUCAAUUUAUUUUCCCUUUGUUUGAUCGCUGCAUGUGUGUUGUAUUUUAUAAGGACCAAAGAUGUAAUUUAUCCUUGAACAUAUUGCAGUGAAAUAAAUAUGGGAAAACCUGUA